GCGGCGAGGCGGAGCGAGCAUGGCCGGGCCCCGGGCAGCGCCGCUCGCCGUCGUCCUGCAGCUCGCGAGCCUGGCCCUGGCCUCGGCGGCGGGCGGAGGUGGGGUCAUCCUCAGGGAGCCCCCUGAGCUUGCUGACAUCCAGGACUACCAGCAGCAGGAGCCAGCCCACUCCUCAGCCCCUGCUGGGGCCCCCCAGGAGCAGUGGCGCCCCCUGGAGGAACGGCUGGGAAGGCUGGAGGCCCAGAUGAUGGCACUCGGAGAGCAGAACAAGGAGCUGCAGGCGAGGGUGAGGCAGCUGGAGUCCUGUGAAUGCCGCCGCCCAGCUUCUCCCCAGUGCCAGGGACUGGGGCAGGCCUGGCCUGAGGGUGCUGGCUGGGAGCCUGACACCUGCACAGUCUGUGUGUGCCGGGAUGGGGCUGUGCACUGUGAGCCCAAGCCCAGCCUGCCCCAUUGCCAUGGCUGCAGCCACCAUGGUCAGGCCUAUGGCAAUGGGGAGACCUUCUCCCCAGACGCCUGCACCACCUGCCACUGCCUGGAAGGAGCCAUAACCUGUACCCAGAAACCAUGCCCAGAAGGACCCUGCCCAGAGCCAGGAGCAUGCUGUCCGCACUGUGAGCCAGGCUGCCCUGGAGGCCACAGAUCUGGGGAAAGGUGGCAACCAGAGCCCUGUGUCAUCUGCACCUGCCAGGCAGGGACCGUGCGGUGCCAGACGCCCUCAUGCCCAGAGCUCAACUGCCUGGAGAGCUACACCCCGCCUGGGGAGUGCUGCCCUGUCUGCCGGCCAGGCUGUGAGUAUGAGGGGCAGCCUUAUGAAGAGGGUGCCAACUUCCUGUCCAGCUCCAACCCUUGUCUACAAUGCUCCUGCCUGAGGAGUCUGGUUCGCUGUGUGCCUGUCAAGUGUCCACCCAGCCCCUGCCCUGAGCCGGUCCUGAGGCCUGGGCGCUGCUGCCCGACCUGCCGAGGCUGUGUGGAAGGUGGCUCUCGCUGGGAGCAUGGCCAGGAGUGGACUGCCCCUGGGGACCCCUGCCGGAUCUGCCAGUGCCUGGAGGGCCACAUUCAGUGCCGCCAGCGACAGUGUGCCAGCCUGUGCCCAUACCCUGCACGUCCCCUGCCUGGCACCUGCUGCCCGCUGUGUGAUGGCUGUUUCCUAAAUGGGCGGGAGUACCGCAGCGGAGAGCCGGUGGGCUCUGGGGACCCCUGCUCGCACUGCCGCUGCGCUAAUGGGUGUGUCCAGUGUGAGCCUCUGCCCUGCCCGCCUGUGCCCUGCAGAUACCCAGGCAGGACCCCUGGGCAGUGCUGCCCAGUCUGUGACGGCUGUGAGUACCAGGGACACCAGUAUCAGAGUGAAGAGACCUUUAGACUCCAAGAGAGUGGGCGCUGCAUCCGCUGCUCCUGCCAGGCCGGCGAGGUCUCCUGUGAGGAGCAGGAGUGCCCAGUUGCCCCCUGCACACUGCCCGCCUCUGGCCCCCAGCUCUGUCCAGCCUGCGUUCUCGAUGGAGAGGAGUUUGCUGAGGGGGUCCAGUGGGAGCCUGAUGGCCAGCCCUGCACGGCCUGCUCCUGUCAUGACGGCAUGCCCAUGUGUGGGGCUGUGCUCUGCUCCCCAGCUCCCUGCCAGCACCCUACCCAGCCCCCUGGUGCCUGCUGUCCCAGCUGUGAGAGCUGCACCUACCAUGGCCAAGUGUACGCCAAUGGGCAGAACUUCACAGAUGCAGAUAGCCCUUGCCAUGCCUGCCACUGCAAGGAUGGGACUGUGAGGUGCUCCUUGGUUGACUGCCCUCCCACAACUUGUGCCAGGCCCCAGAGUGGACCCGGCCAGUGCUGUCCCAGGUGCCCAGACUGCAUCCUGGAGGAACAAGUAUUUGUGGAUGGCGAGAGCUUCUCCCACCCCCGGGACCCCUGCCAGGAGUGUCAAUGUCGGGAAGGCCAUGCCCGUUGCCAGCCUCGGGCCUGCCCCAGGGCCCCCUGUGCCCACCCUCUGCCUGGGCCCUGCUGCCAGAACAACUGCAAUGGCUGUGCCUUCGGAGGGAAAGAGUACCCCAACGGAGCCGACUUCCCCCACCCCUCUGACCCCUGCCGUCAGUGUCACUGUCUGAGCGGAAGCGUGCAGUGCCUCGCCCGCCGCUGCCCGCCGCUGCCCUGUCCAGAGCCGGCCCUGCUGCCCGAAGAGUGCUGCCCGCAGUGCCCCGGUAGGCGGCGCACCCCUGGGGCAGAUCCAACCCCGACAGGGGGCGCCUCCCCUCCCGGCUCUCCCGGAGCCCCGACGUGCGCGCUCUCCCGCAGCGCCCUCCUCCGGCUGCCCGCGGCCGGGGGGCGGGGGUCCGGCCCGGCUCCUGGAGCAUUUCUCCACUGCCCGGCGACCCCUUGCCGCCGCUGCCUCUGCCUCGCCGGCUCCGCGUCCUGCCAGCGGCUGCCCUGCCCGCCUGCGCCCUGCGCCCACCCGCGCCGGGGACCCUGCUGCCCCUCCUGCGACGGCUGCCUGUACCAGGGGAAGGAGUUUGCCAGCGGGGAGCGCUUCCCUUCGCCCACUGCCUCCUGCCACGUCUGCCUCUGCUGGGAGGGCAGCGUCAGCUGUGAACCCAGGGCCUGUGCCCCUGCUCAGUGUCCCUUCCCUGCCAGGGAUGACUGCUGUCCUGCCUGUGAUGGUUGUGAGUAUCUAGGGGAGUCCUACCUGAGCAGCCAGGAGUUCCCGGAUCCCCGAGAGCCCUGCAAUCUGUGCACCUGCCUCGGAGGCUAUGUGACCUGUGGCCGCCGGCCCUGUGAGCCUCCGGGCUGCAGCCACCCGCUCACCUCAGCUGGACACUGCUGCCCGACCUGCCAGGGGUGCCUCUAUCACGGGGUCACUGCAGCCUCUGGAGAGACCCUUCCUGACCCACUUGACCCCAGCUGCUCCCUCUGCACCUGCCAGGAAGGAUCCAUGCGCUGCCAGAAGAAGCCAUGUCCUCCGGCUCUCUGCCCCCACCCCUCUCCAGGACCCUGCUUCUGCCCUGUUUGCCACAACUGCCUCUCCCAGGGCCAGGAGCACCGGGACGGGGAAGAGUUUGAGGGGCCCCCAGGCAGCUGUGAGUGGUGUCGUUGUCAGGCUGGCCAGGUCAGCUGUGUGCGGCUGCCGUGCCCUCAUCUGUCCUGCCCGCUCCAGGUCACGGAGCAGGGGAGCUGCUGCCCUCGCUGCAGAGGCUGCCUGGCUCAUGGGGAGGAGCACCCUGAAGGCAGUAGCUGGGUGCACCCCAAGAGCCCCUGCUCCUCCUGCAUGUGUCAUGAGGGCGUUGUCACCUGUGCCCGCGUCCAGUGUAUCAGCUCCUGUGCCCAGCCCCACCAAGUGCUCAGUGACUGCUGCCCACGAUGCUCUGACUGUGAGCAUGAGGGCCACAAGUAUGAACCAGGGGAGAGCUUCCAGCCUGGGGCAGACCCGUGUGAAGUAUGCCUCUGUGAGCUGCAGCCUGAGGGACCCCCCAGCAUUCAGUGUCACCGACGGCAGUGUCCCAGCCUGGUGGGCUGUCCCACCAGCCAGGUCCUGCCCCCUGGGCCCCAGCACUGCUGCCCCACGUGUGCCCAAGCGCUGAGUAACUGCACAGAAGGCCUGCUGGGGUCUGAGCUGGCCCCGCCGGACCCUUGCUACACCUGCCGGUGCCAGGAUCUAACGUGGUUCUGCAUUCGCCAGGACUGUCCUGAGCUCAGCUGUCCCCCAUCAGAGCGCCAUACCCUCCCUGGGAGAUGCUGCCCCGAGUGCCGAGAAUGUGUGGUGGAGGCCGAGGGCCGGAGAGUGGCAGAUGGAGAGAGCUGGCAAGACCCUAGCAAUGCUUGUGUUACUUGCACCUGCCAUCGGGGUCAAGUGGAGUGCGACCUGGAGGAGUGCCCCGCCCUCUCCUGCCCCCACGGCUGGGCGAAGGUGCGAGAGGCUGGCCGCUGCUGUGACCGAUGCCAAGCCCCCGCCCGGUCGUGCGAGCACCAGGGCCGGGCGGUGGCCCCGGGGGAGCGCUGGGCCGUGGACCUUUGCACCACCUGCUCCUGCGUGGCCGGCACCGUGCGCUGCCAGAGCCAGCGCUGCCCGCCGCUCUCCUGUGGCCCCGACGAGGCCCCGGCCCUGAGUCCCGGCAGCUGCUGCCCCCGCUGCCUGCCGCGCCCCGCCUCCUGCAUGGCCUUCGGAGACCCUCACUACCGCACCUUCGACGGCCGCCUGCUGCACUUCCAGGGCAGCUGCAGCUACGUGCUGGCCAAGGACUGCAGCCGAGGGGACUUCAGCGUGCACGUGACCAACGAUAACCGGGGCCGGAGGGGUGUGGCCUGGACCCAGGAGGUGGCGGUGCUGCUCGGAGGCGUGGCAGUGCGGCUGCUGCAGGGCAAAGCGGUCACGGUGGACGGGCGCCCGGUGACCUUGCCCUUCCUACUGGAGCCGCUGCUGUACGUGGAGCUGCGGAGACGCACCUUGAUCCUGCAUGCCCAGCCCGGGCUCCAGGUGCUGUGGGACGGGCAGUCUCAAGUGGAGGUGAGCGUGCCUGGCUCCUACCAUGGCCAGAUGUGUGGGCUCUGUGGGAACUUCAAUGGCUUUGCCCAGGAUGAUCUGCAGGGCCGCGAGGGGCUGCUCCUGCCCACAGAGGCUGCGUUUGGGAAUAGCUGGCAGGUCCCAGAAGGGCCUGGACCUAGUCGGCCGUGUUCCAAGGGCCGUGAGGUGGACCCGUGCAAGGCAGCAGGUUACCGUGCCCGGCGUGAGGCCAAUGCCCGCUGUGGGGUGCUCAAGUCCUCCCCGUUCAGUCGCUGCCAUGCUGUGGUGCCGCCAGAGCCCUUCUUUGCCGCCUGCGUGUAUGACCUGUGUGCUUGUGGCCCUGGCUCUCUGGCUGACACCUGCCUCUGUGACGCCCUGGAAGCCUAUGCCAGCCACUGUCGCCAGGCAGGGGUGACGCCUGCCUGGCGGGGCCCCACGCUUUGCGUGGUGGGCUGUCCCCUGGACCGAGGCUUCGUGUUCGAUGAAUGUGGCCCACCCUGUCCCCGCACCUGCUUCAACCAGCACAUCCCCCUGGGGGAGCUGGCAGCCCACUGUGUGAGGCCCUGCGUUCCCGGCUGCCAGUGCCCCGCAGGCCUGGUGGAGCACGAGGCCCACUGUAUCUCACCUGAGGCCUGCCCCCCAGUCCAACUCACUGGGGACCGACCACCCACACCUCUGCCCAGCCCCAGCCAGUAGCCCCAGGGGGCACCCUGAGCCAGGAUGACCCCAGGACUCAUCAGGUCAAAAGCCUCCCCUUGGAGAACAGCUCUUGCCGUGGCCAGAGCCAUGGAGAGAGUGCCCCACCCAGACCCCGGGAGCCUGGGCCUGUGUUCCACAGAGACCUCACUAUGUUCAGUCAGAAGCAGUAAAAUUGGGGUCUCUCCUAAGGCAUA